UCGAGUGGGGUGGGGGUGGCAUGGCAGGGUUGGUUUCCUUCAACAGAGCCCUGUUAGCGCGAGUCCUUAACAGCAAAGUCGGUCUGAGCUUCUGUAUGGCGCGUUUUGAAUAUCUGAGCUCAGUCAGUUUCCGGCCUUCGCUCGGUGCGGAUCGCAGUGGCAAUUAUAUCGCGGAUUAUUGUGCAACAACAAGAAACCAGAAAGUGAAAACAUGUCUGAGGCCAAUAUUGAGCUGGACUCGAACACUGCCGUGGCUCCCAAGUGCGCCAAUGUGAACAACAACAACAGUGCCCGCUCCAGUCGAGUGGGAAGUGCAUCCUCCGGAGCGGAUUCGGAUGCGGAUGCCCAGCAAUUCGGCUGGUGCGGAUGGAGUCCGCCGUGGCUCCAGCGCUUCUGCACCGCCAAGUGGGCUCUUUUCUGGCUCUGCUGGGGCGGUGCUCUCCAAGGUUUGAUAGUGAACGGUCUAAUCAAUGUGUCUAUAUCCACAAUUGAGCGCCGUUUUGGACUCCGCUCCCGGCAGAUGGGACUGGUGGCCAGUGGCUACGACGUGGCCUCAUUUGCGUGCCUGGUUCCGGUUACCUACUACGGCGGACGACGAGGAGCCUCCAAGCCGCGCUUCAUCGCCAUCGGACUGAUCGUGAUGGGUCUGGGAUCGCUGGUCUUUCUGCUGCCCAACUUCCUGGUGGGCAAAUACCGAGCCACCAUUGCAGAGGCGAAUGUAUGUGAGGCCAACUCCAACUCCAGUCAGACAAUGACCGCCUGCGAGCUAAAUGGUUGGGGGGAGGGCGAGAGUCUAACCUGGACGGUCUGGCUCUUCCUGGCGGCCCAACUCCUCCAUGGAGCCGGUGCCUCGCCCCUCUUCACCCUGGGCGUCACUUAUAUCGAUGAGAACGUCUCAAAGAAGAUGUCAUCUGUUUACUUGGGCAUUUAUUACACCAUGGCCACCGUGGGACCGGCGAUUGGCUACGUUUUCGGAGGACAGUUGCUGCUCAUCUACACGGAUUGGAUGAGCGUGGACCCCGCGCAACUCAGCCUGACCAGCGACAGCAAGGUUUGGAUUGGAGCCUGGUGGCUGGGCUUCAUCUUCGCUGCUGUAAUGUGCCUUCUGAUCGCCCUGCCCAUUUUCGGCUAUCCGAAAUUACUUCCCGGGGCGGAAAAGCUGCAGCUGGAAAGGGUUUCCGAGGCGCAUGCCACCAAAUCAGAGGAGGAUGCGUCCAGUGAAGUGGCCAGGAGGGGACUAGCUGAACUGCCCCGCGCGGUGCUCAGUCUGCUGGGGAAUCCCACCUUCUUUUUCCUGAACCUGGCUGGAGCCACUGAGGGUCUGGUCAUAGCCGGAUUCGCCGCCUUCCUGCCCAAACAGAUCGAGAACCAGUUUAGCAUUUCACCCAUGCACUCGGCCCUGGUGAUGGGUCUGAUCACGGUUCCAGCCGGUGGUGGAGGCACCUUCCUUGGCGGCUAUUUGGUCAAGAAGUGGAAUCUGGCCUGCCGGGGAAUCAUCAAGAUGUGUCUGCUGGCCAGUGUGGUGGCGGCCCUGUUCACCAUCUGCUUUCUGGUCUCUUGUCCUAAUCCCAAGUUCGCUGGCGUCACAACAGGCUAUAAUCUGGAGGCCAGGAGUAAUCCACCUGCUUUGGAGGCGGUAUGCAACUCCAAUUGCGGCUGCAGUCGUACGAACUACGAUCCAAUCUGUGGCAUCAAUGGGGUCAUGUACUACAGUCCUUGCUUCGCAGGAUGUGCCCAGGAGGAGCACGCGAACAGCCUGAAACGCUACCACAACUGCAGCUGCAUCGAAAGCGUUGGCUGGGUGGAUGAGGGCAGUUCAUCCUCGGGAUCCUCCGACUUUCGGCCAGAUGCCACCAACCUGAAGUGCGACUCCACGUGCCACACCCUGCCGAUCUUCGUGGCCCUCUGCUUCAUCCUGAUGGUCUUCACGUUCCUGGCCACCAUGCCCGCCCUGUCAGCCACACUGAGAUGUGUUCAGGAUGAACAGCGAUCCUUUGCUUUGGGGCUGCAAUGGAUAAAGGUACGCCUGCUGGGCACCAUACCAGCUCCUCUAAUAUUCGGAGCCCUGAUCGACGAAUCCUGCAUUUUGUGGCAGGAGUCCUGCGAUAAGGAAGCUGGAGGAGCUUGCCUUGUCUACGAUAACUAUUAUAUCAGCCGCUAUAUGUGGCUACUAGCGUUGAUCUGCAAAUUGGGUUCCGUAGUCUUCUUUGCGUGCGCCUGGUGGUUUUACGUGCCACCUAAUAAAACACCUAAGGAAAAUGGAACGGAAGACGUUAAUUAAGGAAGUUUUAGUAUUAACCAUCGAACUGAAAUAUAAUAUAAUGUCCCAGCCAGCCAAUUGGCUCAUAUUGUGGCUCAUCAAUAACUGGCUAGCAUUUUUAAUCGAUUAGCUACGGUCUUAAGAAGUAUUUUAAAUGUC